AUUGUCGUGGUUGGCUUGGCAACCUGCGCAGCGUUGUUGGGGAAGUUAGGGGACAGCACAAUCACUGCGGACUAGUUACACGGAGUAACCCUAUGCUAAUUCCUGCCCAGCUUUUUAAAUGCGUCUCUGUGGAUUUUGGUUUGUGUUAAAGCUAACACUGUUGAAGAAACUACAUAUAGUCUACCGAACGCAAAUGAGAGCCUUUUACACCCAGAAUGAGAAACAUUGCGGUGUCUGAGAAUGCCAGCAGGUGAAAGUGAAGAGCGGGCAAAGACCCGGGAAAGAUUCAAUGAAGUGUUCAAGAAGUACACUGAAACAGAGAAGAAAAAGGUGAAGAAGAAAAGCACUGAAACUCAGGAGACGAUUGUGCUUCAGAAUCUGAAAAAGAAUCUCAACCUUGAGAAGGACACAGAAGAUCAUGAGACCAUCCUGCAGAAUACAUAUCACCCCGAAGAGGGCAGCCCUCGCUAUACCAAGAAUAAACGAAGAGAGAGGGAAACGGCAGAAAAGGUUAAUGUCAACAACAGUAAGAACCAAGAGGAGAUUCAGACUUCAAAAGGCAAGAGGAAAAGUAAGAGGGACCUUCCCCCGCUGCCUGUACCUGACAACAGCUCAAGUUACAUCCAGGAGGAUGCAGAUGUUUCCAAGUCUGAGAUUGCUCUGGAGCCAGAUGACGUAGGUGGCGAAAAGGAAGCAAAGGGAAAAAGUAAGAAGGGGAAAAGGAAAGGAGCUACAGAGGCCAAGGCAGAGAGUCAGGUGGAGGAUACAGAGGACAAGCUGCUGCAGGAAUACCAGCAGCAGAUUGCACAGGAGGAGGACAGGACUUUGAUGAAGUCACAAAUCAAGACAGAGGAAGAGAGUGUUGUCUCCCCAAAGAUUUCUCUAAAUAAUGAUGUUGGGAAGAAAAAGAAGAAAAAGCUCAGAUCUGUAACUACACAGUUGGAAGAAGGGGAGCAAGAUAAAGAUGCUGGCCAAGACGCUGAUGUGGAAAACGAAACAGAAUUCAAAGGAAAGAAGAAAAAGAAGAAGAAACACAUUGUCAAAGAAAUGAGUGAAAGUGAGGCAGAAGUACCACAGAAACCAGCAUUUGAUGACAGCCUCGUGCUGGGAGUGUACAUCCACAGAACAGAUCGCCUCAAGAACGUCCUGCUGAUCUCACACCCCAUGGUGAAGAUCCAUGUCGUGGAUGAACACACUGGACAGUAUGUGAAGAAAGAAGACUGCCAUCGUCCAGUCUCCUCAUUUUAUGAGCAAGAGAACGUUGACCACAUUCUCCCCAUCAUGACCCAACCUUUUGACUUUAAGAAGAACAAAUCAAUCAUCCCCGAGUGGCAGGAACAGAUCAUCUUCAAUGAACGCUUUGGUUAUUUCGUGGAACAAAACGAUGAAAGCCCCGGAGUUCUUCUCUUCUUUGAAAUCCUGGACUUCAUAACCAUGGAAGAAGCAAAAACCAACGUUGAUGUUGACAAGCAUGAGCGAGGAUUCAGAAAGAUUGCGUGGGCAUUCCUGAAGCUUGUCGGCACAAACGGUGUGCUGAACAUCAACAGUAAACUUCGUCUCCAGCUCUUCUGCCCUCCACCUCGGGCAAAGAGACAACAUAAAACAAUUGAGGUGGUCGAAUGGUGGAGGAAGUACCCACGAAGCAAAUAUGCGUCCACCCUUUAUGUUACAGUGAAAGGCAUUAAACUCCCUGAGCAUGUGGACCCCAGUAUUCGCUCCAUGAUGGCCCUGCAGGAGGAGAGGGGUAGCACAUCCUACAGUGAGCUGCAGAAUGAGGUCACAAAGAGAAGCCUGACACAGCCACUAGACAGCAAGCCACCAGUACUGAGAUGGAGCAGGCUGCCCGGACAGGUCUGUCGGAUUCCCAACAAGCCCAUGCUGUCGUUCCGCGGUGGUCAGAUGGGCUGUUUCACAGUGCUCUUCUCUCAUGCUGGGACGAUACUGGCUGCUGCUUGUGCUGACAGAGACGCUUUCCCUGUCGUAGUGUACGAGAUUCCCUCUGGCAAAGUUUUGGCUGCCUUCAAUGGCCAUCUGAAAAUAGUCUAUGAUCUCUGCUGGUCCAGAGAUGAUCGGAGCCUCUUGUCUGCCUCCUCCGAUGGAACUGUCAGAGAGUGGAACGUGGAGAGGCUCCUGGGGACGGCCCAGAAGGUUCUUCCUCAUCCAUCCUUCGUGUACUGUGCUCAGUACCACCCCACGGCCCAGAACCUGGUGGUGACUGGGGCCUACGACUCUCUGGUACGAGUGUGGAGACUUGAUGUUGACGAUGUGAAUGGCCAGCUGCUGCAGGAGUUUGAGGGUCACAACAGUUUCAUCAACACAGUUUGUUUUGACACUGAAGGAAGGAGAAUGUUCUCUGCGGACAACACAGGCGUGAUCAUUGUGUGGAGAACAUCAGUAAAUGAGGGCAAGCAGCGUCAGCCAUGUCAUCACUGGUGCAUAGAAAAGAAAGUUGACGAGAGUGACCUCAGCGGUAUCCCCAUCAACAUGCUGCAACUCCACCCAAACGGGCGGUGCCUGCUCAUCCAUGCCAAAGACAGUGUCCUGAGAAUGAUGGAUUUGAGAAUCCUGGCUGUGAAGAAGUACACUGGAGCCACAAACUACAGAGAGAGGAUCUACAGCACUUUCACACCAUGUGGGAACUUCAUCUUCUCAGGUAGCGAGGAUGGGAUGGCAUACGUCUGGAAUACAGACACAGGUGACCAAGUUGCAGUCUACUCUGAGCUUUGUUACUCCACCGCCCUCCAUGGCGUGACGUUCCACCCUCACGAAAAUAUGGUCGCUUUCUGUGCCUUCGGCCAGAGCCAGCCCGUCCAUGUAUACCUGUACGAUCGCAAAGUGUCCCAGCUGGAGGCGCACAACAUGAAGGCAGCGUCGGCCACGAGCAGAUCAGCUUCUGCAGACACCAAAACCUUCAGAAACACGCCAGACCCCCAAGCGUUACAGGACACGUCCGCUGCCUCUGCCUUGGAUCAGUUUGCCCAAGCAACAAGACUUGCUCUGAAAAUGCAGUGUGUUAAGGAGCAGCUGGAUUCCGUACUUGAACCACAUCAGAGGUCUUCAUCUUCUGGAUACAUUUAUGACCAAGACAAAAUCGGGAUUACUCACACAGGGAGGAGUCUGACGUUAGAUUCUGGCACCACGGGAUUAAAUGCUUCGUUACCUCCUCCGUCUCUCCUGUCGCCGCACUCCAAGCUGCAGCUGUCUGGUUCCCUAGCGGAGCAGCUUAUCCCCCAGGCAGCUCUGAGCACCCAAAACCGCGGGUUCAGUCCAGUCAGUCAACGUCUGAAAGGAGCUUCGUCUUUCAGGUUGCAGUCGCCCCUUCCUGACCACAUUUCUUCAGGCGUCCACGUGGGGACCGACUCUGCCCCCGUUCAACAAGUAGUUGUCUCCUUGUAUGACUACAGAGCUAAUCGUUCGGAUGAACUGACCAUACAGCGCGGUGAUGUCAUCCAAGUGCUGUACAAAGACAACGACAACUGGUGGUUCGGGCGUCUGGCCAACGGGCAGCAGGGUUAUUUUCUUGCUUCUUAUGUAGCAGAUCAAAGAGAUUUCCAUGAAGAGGCAACUCAGUCCAUAGACGCACAUACAGCCUUGUCUGAGGGGACUUUUGACAGGUCAACACCAACCAGGGUAUCUGCUGCAAUUAGUUCUUCUGGGGAACUAAGGUUUCUUUCUGAGCCGACCCUUUCUGACACCGAACCAGAGUUGGCUGAUGCCAGAACUAGAAGGAAAAAGAAGGUGAAAAAGCCUGGAGUCCUUGCACCUUCACUUCAAGCCACAUUUUCAGAUGCAGAUGCUUCGGCGUCGACCAGCACCAGGAGGAGAGGCACAUCCGCGGGCAGACCUCUCCCUAAGAGGCCAACAGGCCGGACUAACAGUGCCUUUGAGCCCGACACAUGAACCCUUGGACGUGUUUGUUUUCGAGCCUGCUUUGAUCUGAAUUCAUUUUUCCUAUUAAACCAGUUUUUCUUGCAGUUGUGCUGUAUUUUUAUCUUUCUUUUUUACAUAUGGACAGUCAGUAUAUUCAUAUUCUAUAUUUUAGGCAAAUUGAUCAGUAAAAUGCUCAAGUUGUACAGUUCUAGCAGUUCUUGUUGUAUGUUUCAUAUAUUUAUUGACAUAAAUAUAAACUGAAUAUUGUGUACAUUUUUGAAGAUACAAAACAAACAUUUGUAAUAUUCUGGUUCUAUUUUCUUAGCCUGUAAGAAAUUGACAAGGAUUGUUAUCUGCCAUUUUGCAGCUAUAACAAAACAUUCAAUCAUUAUUCAUUUCCAGAUAUUUUGUUAAUGCAUUUAUACAAAUCAUAUGUACAGUCACAUAUUUGAUAUAUUAAAUAAAUAUACUUCAGGGCUAUUUUGAUCAUGUUUGCCGUACAUUUAUUGAGUGGAACAAUGCUGAUAUGGUGUUAUGUUUUCUGCUUGUUGUAAAUUUUAAUAUAAUGAAAAAUAUAUUAGAAAGAAUUAUUUGAGCUAGUUACCCAUAAAUUAACACUGACAUGUUGGGCUAAUAAUUUUAGACAUUAAUGUUGAGAUGUACAGAAGACUUUUUUCAAGAUUAUAAUAUCAACAGGAUAUUCAUUAGUUUUUAUUGUGACAAAUUUGGAAAUUAUAGAAUACAGUUAAUGUAACUUUAACUAACUUAACUUAGUAACUUAGUCUGCCAAAUAAAAUACUGUAUGAGCAGAUUAAACUUACAGGCACACACACAAAUAGUGUGAAUGAACACAGGAGUGAGUGCUUUUUAUUUACAUAUGGGCUGUUUUUAUUAUAAUCAGUAGAAAAAUUAAGACACACAAACUGUGACACAAUCCUCCUGAUCAUAUUGAAUUACACCCGAUAACGUGAGAGGUUCACUCUAACCUGUUUCACCAGCGCAUUACUUCUUUCAUGUUUCAUUGAAGGUGGUCAGCAGCUCUCGACAUGUGACACGUCAACACAAAAUCCAAGUCAUGUGAUGUAGAAAAAUAAGAUCAUUAAUACAGUCGAACAAAAGGCACACUUAUUUUAUGAUCUGGACUUUGAAAGGACUUUGAAUGUCCUGUGAUCUGAAGUGAUCGACUACACUCGUUCACGUUACGUCCAUCCAACGUGCACAUGAAGAAAUGAUUGAUUUAAAUUCUAUUGUACCUACUUAAAAUCAGUCAUAUAGAUAUGCUACUGUGUUUUAGGCUUUUAGGCUGUACUCAGUACAAACAUUUUCAAAUACAGUUCAUAUAAAUAUGAUACAAUUAAAUCAAAAUAAAACAUGUUUCUAAGACCCAAGUAAAAAUUAUUAUGAUUAUGAUGUAAGCAACAUCAAAAAUUAAUAAUU